AUGUACGUACCCAAGUACCUGCUUGCUCAGGCCCAUGCCGCCAAAUGUUGGCUGCAGUUUCGCCUGGCUACAACCGCCGCAGGCUUUGCGCCACGCUGGAAUGAUCCCUCGGCCAUGGUCGCCUCGCCUCGCCCUGCUUCAGGGGGGAGUUACGUUCCUUUUGCUGGCCAUGGCCCCCUUACCUGGACACCCCCUUCCCCCACAAUCCCACGCCUCCAUGAGCGAGAAAUCCCUGCCCUGGGCAUGCGCUGUGCCAGGGUGAAAGGCAACCAGGAGCCAGGGGCCUCAGGCCAUGGAUCUUGGGGGGCGUGGGGGUUUGCCGGCCUGGCCCUGUCGUCAUCCUCGACCAACGAGCUCUGGGGAGCAGCACAGCUUCGGGAUACCGCUCCGGGCGAGCCCGACUCGAUCCGGUAUGCUGCUGGGGACAGGUCCAAGCUGAGACCGCGAAACCGAGACUCUCAUGGGCGGAAGGAGAGAUGUGACAAGAAACACACUUUCCGAGGCGAGAUAUGGUCUGAGUUGCUCCAAGACUAG